AUGUCCUCAUACUCCUCCCAGAACAACAUCAAGGACGACCUCGACGAGCAGCGCAAUGAAUUCAAGCAGCGCGUGAACGCCAGGCUUGAGGAGGAUGCCAAGAAGGAUCCCAACCCAUCUUUGGGUGUGGCGUGUGGCGCUGCUGCUGGGCUGACGGACUCCAAUUCGGGGCGUCGAUCGCGCGACCUCCAAUCAUGGCUAACCCACCGCAGUGCGUCGCUCUCGGCCAACCCUAAGAAGAAGGUAGACGUUGACCGACCGAACGUCGACCCCCCGCUCAAGAAUGUGUCCAUGAGCAAGUUCCUGAACUACCUCGUCGGUGGCCUUAUUCUUCUCGUCAUCUUCUACAUUUGGCGCGUCACGGUCUGGGCCCACAAUGCCGGAGGCUACUGGAACCUCAUGACUGGCCGCCGCCCCACUGCUGAGGAGAGCCUGGCCAAGUUUGCCAAGACUGCGGCCAACUCGCAGUCGUCUGUUUCGUCUGCCGCCUCGUCUGCUGCGUCGUCGGCGACCCGUGGUUCCGGAGCGAAGACCACGACCGUCAAGGUCAAGAAGGCUGGCUCCAACAACCCCCAUCACGAGGACGUUCCCGACAAGAAGGAUGUCGAGACGAUGGUCUGGGAGCUUGCUCAGGCUCUUGGUGUUAAGCCUGCCGACCUCUCUAAUGCCAUCCGUCCCCUCAUCGACCCUACUGUUGACGAUGCUCAGGCUGCUGUCCGUGCUGCCAAGUCGGAGGAGCCUGCUGCCACCACUGCUGAGAAGAACAACAACGACCCCGGCUUCAUUGACAUCGUCGAGGCUUUCAUCGAGUAA